GUUCGAGCGGUACACAAUUUGGGUCUGCUCCGCACUGUUGUUGGCCUGCGAGAAGCGAGAUAUUGAUAGUUUCGGCAUUGUCGUAUCAAAAUAAAGUGAACAUUCGUUUGAAGGCAACCGUUUAGACAAGGCGCGUUUUAUUUUUAUUGUUAUUAAUAUUAUUAUUGCGCUGCUCUCAAAUAUAGACCAAACGCAUUGUCAACUUUUAUUAGUAACGUUUCUGAAAAGUUUCAAGUGAAAAUAAACUGAGUGUAAAAGUGAAAUCUAUUUUUUCUGGAAAAAUUGCACUAGUCGCAAUUUUUAUGUAAUUUCACUCAAUUGAAAAAUUCCAUCGAGAUUGUAAAACUAGAUAUUCGGCGGAAAGCGCUGAAAAAUAUUUUCCAAUAAAGGAAGGAGUUGUAACGGAAAAAAUGAAAAUACGUAAAAAAGAAUAACAGCACAGUUGAGGUUAAAAAAACAUUCAACUUAGACAGUGAAGUGUGAACAGUGAACUGUGACAAUUACCAGGUACAAUAUAUUCUGUAAUAAAAUAGCCCUUGGUAACCGUGAACCAGAAAAUCAUGUGCUGAUGGUGCUUAUGCAAUAUGUAUGUGAAGUGCACGAUAGUGAUGAUAUGAAUAUCAAUUUGUUCUAAGCUCUCACGAUCCCUGCUGCGGUUUUGGACUUAAGCAAAAGCGACAAAAAAUCCAGUCUCGCACUAGAAGGGGGCGAGAGAAACUUUUCUCUUCCUAGGACUCAGAGAACCGUGCAUAGGUUUGGUCAACAUGAAUUCGUAUUUUGAACAAACUGGUUUCUACGGCCAUCCGCAUCAAGCGGCCGGAAUGAUGACCACAACAGGAACCCACCACGAUCAGACAACGGCAGCUGCAGCGGCCGCGUAUAGAGGAUUUCCACUGUCCCUUGGAAUGUCCCCCUACACCAACCAUCAUCUGCAUCAGAGUCGAUCGUCACAAGAAUCGCCGUACGAUGCCAGCUUACAGGCAGCAUGCAAGCAAAUUUACGAAGGUUCCUAUAGCACAAAGGAUUGCGGGAAGACUGGUAGCGGAAAUGGAACCACAGAUACCACCAACGGCUACAAGGAUGUGUGGAAUUCGACAAACACGAGCGCCACCAAUAGCAACACUAAUACAGCGACUGGCGGAAAUGUACCUGCACAGCAAAACAGCUCAGUUCCUGUACGACCCUCGGCAUGUACGCCAGAUUCUCGCGUCGGAGGCUAUAUUGAUGCUUCUGGUGGCAGUCCUGUCAGCAGAACAGGUUCCACCGCUGCCGGUGUUACCGGAACGUGGAACACCAACCAAUGCUCACUGACCGGUUCGACCGGUGGCCAACCAGCGCCAACCACCGGUCUGCACCAGUCUAACCACACGUUCUACCCUUGGAUGGCUAUAGCAGGUAAGAGAUACUCAGAAUCUCUUGCGGGCACACUUCUUCCAGAUUGGAUAGGUGCCAACGGACUACGAAGACGAGGCCGACAAACGUACACCCGAUACCAAACGCUGGAGUUGGAGAAGGAAUUCCAUACCAACCACUACCUGACCCGUCGGCGCCGAAUCGAAAUGGCCCACGCACUCUGUCUGACGGAACGGCAGAUCAAAAUCUGGUUCCAGAACCGUCGGAUGAAGCUGAAGAAGGAAAUUCAAGCAAUCAAAGAGUUGAACGAACAGGAAAAGCAAGCCCAGGCGCAGAAAGCAGCUGCAGCAGCGGCAGCGGCAGCCCUGCACGAGCAGAACUAGGGGUUAGACCAUACCAAUCACAGUAGUUCUAGUAAUUAUUUAUACUAACUUUAGUGGGUUCUAAUGUUUUUGGUUAGAGCGUCAAACUAUUUUUCUACAAGGAAAGUUGUUUUAGUUCUUUUACAUUUUGUUUAACUGACGCGUUAUGUUUUACUUAUAGCUUCGUUUUCACCUUUGAAGAAAGUAAGUUUUGUUUUAAGUAAAUUAAAUUUGUAAAAAGAAAUGUUGCUAAAGAGAUUAAUUUAAACAAACAACUACUAAAACGCUAGUGAAAGGUAUACAAAACACUCAACGAUAGUUGAGUAGCAUUCCCGUGUUUGGGGAUGUAUUGUAAAAAGAUUUGGUUCUAAGUAACACGGGGAAACAUUGUACAAAAAUUCUGGUAAAAGCCAUUUCUAAUUCUCAACCUAAUCUCAGUUGACCCUUUGUGAUGUAGUAUUUGCAAUACAUAGAUUUAUCAGCAAUUGGAAAAUAAUACGGCUAUAAUGAACCAUAUAAUUUUGCAGUUAUCCGCUUUUGCUGAUGCCAGAUUUCUUUGUUCAAUAAGUAGAUACUAAGUGUUUCAAAAUAGCCUUGUUAUCUCUAUCAAUUUGUAAGUUUUAUUUUGUAUAUAUAUUUCAAAUCUUUCUUGGAGUCUUGAAAGCUGAGCGCAUUAUCCUAAUUUGCAGCACUGGACUGCAGGUUCGAUGAACACGUACUUUUUUUUUUUUUUUUCUUAAAAUGUAUUCUAUCUUGUCCAUCCACUACGUCUAGUUCCCCAUUGUCCAAAAGACAAAUUGACAACAAAUAUACGUAAAGUUCUGUGACACGAAGCAUAUUUUAAACUCUUACCAUUAGUAAUGGUUGAACCUGUUCCGAACAAACAAAUACGGUAGUAAUAUAUUGUUCAUGUACUUAUUUAUUGGAGGAAGGCUCUUGUAAAUAGCAAAAAAUCAAUCUUUCCUCAUCAAUUUUAGUGCAAUAAUUUUACAGGCAAAAAAACUACAAAAUAUCGUCCGACAGAAUGAUGAUAGUAAAGAAAAAUUCACUAUUGAAGGCAAAUCAACAAAAAUCUAUCUGUCAAGAAUUAAGAAAAGCUGCAUGUGUAGUGAAAACUUGUCGUAGUGUAGUUUAAUCUCCACUUAUAGGCCCACCCCUCCCGCUAGAAAAAAAAACUAACGAAAAAACAAAAGUCUCCCCUAUUUUGCCUACAGCGAUCCUAUUCUCUCUCAUCUUUAUUAUAUUUCUGUUCUCCCAAAAACCUAGAGGAUGAUUAUAAGCCAAAAUAUUGUAAUAAUUGGUAGGACUAUUCCUUUCUCCUAUCGUACGACUGCAAGAUCGUCUUCUAUCAAACCGAUAUCUGUAAUUAUUUAAAUCUAAUCAACUACCCAAAAACACUCAAUCUCUACUGAACACUCACCAACCCAGUGACAGAUGCUCCUAAUUGUGCGAAGGCAAGAAAAGGGCGUAGAAAAAGCAUACGUAACUAGCCGACUACAAAAGUAAAAACAAAAUGUAUACGUAAUUAGAUGUUAAGAUAAAGUAUAUUUAAUAUAAAUAAAACAAUUAAAAAGCAAAGUGAAGCGCAGAAAGUGGAAAAGUUACAAAAAAUAAACAAAAAAAAAGCAAAAAAUAAUUUAAAAGUAAUGGAAUGAUAAAAUAAGUGAAUAAGAUUUUUAUAGUGGGUAAGUAACUUAAUUGGAAUGAAAUAUUGGAGCAAGACACAAAAAUCACAUAAAACAAAAGUAAUAUAUUCCAGUGAGUAGUAGAAGAGAUGAGGGCUGUCAAUAUUUGACGACAACAAAUAAGCAAGUGGACAGUUCCUAUAUGUGAAUUAAAUGGAAAAUUAAAUCAUUUUCCGUGUGUCGAAUGAGCGCAUGAAAGUUCAUUGAUUAUGAAAAAAACUAUGGCAAA